AUGAAGACUAUUUGGUCCAUUGUUGUGGGGUUAUUGUUUUUAGUUGGUGGUGUGUUGUGUGCGGUUGACUAUAAAACACAUGUAUUGAUUACCACCACAGUACGCAAUGCGGAUGGAGCUGUUGCUGAAUCGGCACUAAUAGGCUCUUCGAUUGGUGCGUGUGUAGGUUUGAACAAUGAGAUAUACUUUUCAAGCCCUUCUUUUAAUACGGUUUGGAAAAUUGAUUCCAAUGGAACCCUUCAUCUUAUUGCAGGAACAGGUAGUAGUGGUUUUUCUGGUGAUAAUGGUCCAGCAACCUCAGCACGAUUAAGCUCUCCAAGGGGAGUUGCAGUGAAUUCUGCUGGAGAAGUUUUCAUUGCUGACUACGGUAACAAUCGUAUUAGAAAAGUUUCAACGAAUGGUAUCAUCUCAACAUUUGCAGGGACAGGUACUACUGGUUUCUCAGGUGAUAAUGGUCAAGCAACUUCUGCACAACUCUUCAGUCCAAUGUCAGCUGCAGUGAAUUCUGCUGGAGAAGUUUUCAUUGCUGACUACGGUAACCAUCGUAUUAGAAAAGUUUCAACGAAUGGUAUCAUCUCAACAUUUGCAGGAACAGGUACUACUGGUUUCUCAGGUGAUAAUGGUCAAGCAACUUCUGCACAGUUAUACUAUCCAUACUCAGUUGCAGUGAACCCGGUUGGAGAAGUUUUCAUUGCUGACACCAGUAACAAUCGUAUUAGAAAAGUUUCAACGAAUGGUAUCAUCUCAACAAUUGCAGGAACAGGUACUGCUGGUUUCUCAGGUGAUAAUGGUCAAGCAACUUCUGCACAGUUAAACUCUCCAUACUCAGUUGCAGUGAACCCGGUUGGCGAAGUUUUCAUUGCUGACUACGGUAACAAUCGUAUUAGAAAAGUUUCAACGAAUGGUAUCAUCUCAACAAUUGCAGGAACAGGUACUACUGGUUUCUCAGGCGAUAAUGGUCCAGCAACUUCUGCGCAACUCUUCAGUCCAGUUUCAGUUGCAGCGAACUCGGUUGGAGAAGUUUUCAUUGCUGAUUACAACAAUAGGAGAAUCAGAAAGGUAACAACUAAUGGAAACAUCAUUACCAUUGCUGGAAAUUGCAAUGAAGGAAUAAUUCCUAUUGAAAAUAUUUUUGUAGGCUCAGUUACAUACGCAAUAGCUCUUUCUGAUGGGGGAAUGUUGUACUCUGAUACUAACAAUCAUAUUAUACGCAGAAUACAAACAGACAACACCGUCACUACCAUAGCUGGAAAUUCAAUUGGAGCUUUUUCUGGAGACAAUGGUCCAGCAACCUCAGCACGAUUAUACUUUCCGAGGGGUGUUGCAGUGAAUUUUGCUGGAGAAGUUUUCAUUGUUGACUACGGUAACCAUCGUAUUAGAAAAGUUUCAACGAAUGGUAUCAUCUCAACAAUUGCAGGAACAGGUACUGCUGGUUUCUCAGGUGAUAAUGGUCAAGCAACUUCUGCACAGUUAAACUUUCCAUUCUCAGUUGCAGUGAACCCGGUUGGAGAAGUUUUCAUUGUUGACUACGGUAACCAUCGUAUUAGAAAAGUUUCAACGAAUGGUAUCAUCUCAACAAUUGCAGGAACAGGUACUGCUGGUUUUUUUGGAGAUAAUGGUCAAGCAACCUCAGCACGAUUAUACUUUCCGAGGGGUGUUGCAGUAAAUGCUGCUGGAGAAGUUUUCAUUGCUGACACCAGUAACCAUCGUAUUAGAAAAGUUUCAACGAAUGGUAUCAUCUCAACAUUUGCAGGAACAGGUACUACUGGUUUCUCAGGCGAUAAUGGUCCAGCAACUUCUGCACAACUCUUCAGUCCAGUUUCAGUUGCAGUGAACUCGAUUGGAGAAGUUUUCAUUGCUGAUUACAACAAUAGGAGAAUCAGAAAGGUAACAACUAAUGGAAACAUCAUUACCAUUGCUGGAACAGGAGGUGCAGGUACAUUAACAGAUGGACAACUAGCAACCACAGUAUCAUUCUUACCCAAUUCCGUUGAGUUAUCUUCUACAGGUAGUGUUUUAGUUGGAGAUUCCUCUGCUCUCGUCGAACUUGUGUCUGAUUGUAGUGAUGGCUGGUUUGGCCAAUCCUGUGACAUCCCACAAUGUCAUGGAAUUUUGGCAAAUGAAACAUCAGUGUGCAAUAAUCAAAAUGGAACAUGUAUUCGUCCUGAUGUUUGUCAAUGUAUUGAUGGGUAUAAUGGAUCAGAAUGUGAAAUUCCAAUGUGUUUUGGUGUUAAUUCAACAAGUAGUGGCGUUUGUAAUUAUGGAAAUGGAACCUGUGUUUCCAAAGACAAUUGCAAGUGCAAUUCAGGAUGGACUGGGGAUGAGUGUGAAAUCGCAAUUUGUAACAGCAUCAGAUCUGAUGAUGCCAGAGUUUGUUCAAACAAACAGGGAGAAUGCAUAUUACCAGAAAUUUGCAAAUGUAUGGAUGGCUGGACUGACAGCCAAUGCUCAACACCAAAAUGUAACGGUACUAUACAAGGGUCGAUUGAUGUGUGCAAUGGUAGAGGUGAAUGUGUCCACCCUGAAGUUUGUAUGUGUACGAAUUCCUCCUGGAGUGGUCAAUAUUGUGAAAUUCCAAAAUGUAAUGGCACUCUCGCCAAUGAAACGUCAUUAGUUUGCAAUGGUCACGGUGAUUGUGUGAAUGUAGAUGUGUGUCAAUGCACAAACUCUUCUUGGGGAGGCCAAUUUUGUGAAAUUCCAAAAUGUAAUGGAACAUUGGCAACUGAAAUUGGUGUUUGCAACGGUAAUGGAUUGUGUAUUGAUGGAGAAGUCUGCCAAUGCACCAAUUCAAGUUGGACAGGUCAAUAUUGUCACAUUGCAUUGUGUAAUGGAACUCUUUCAAAUGAUCCAUCUGUUUGCAAUGCGCAAGGUUUUUGUUUGGAUGGAGGAUGUGUUUGUUCAAACUCUUCGUUUUGGGGAGGUGAAUUUUGCCACAUUCCAAAAUGUAAUGGAACUCAGAGAGGUGAUUCCAAUGUUUGUAGCAGUCGUGGUGAAUGCAUUGACGCUAAUACUUGUCAAUGCACAGACAGUUCUUCGUGGGGAGGUCAAUUUUGUGAAAUUCCAAAAUGUAAUGGUACCUUAGCCACUGAUAGCUCUGUUUGUAAUGGAAAUGGAACAUGCGUUGAUGUUGAUCAAUGUAUUUGUAAUGAGUAUUGGGGAGGAGACAACUGUGAACUUCCAAAAUGUAACGGAACUCUCUCUAAUGAUACAGGGGUUUGUAGUGGCAAAGGCAAGUGCUUAAAUGUAGAUAUUUGUCAAUGUAGGGAUUCACAAUUGUGGGGAGGUCAAUUUUGUGAAGUACCAAAAUGUAAUGGUACUUUGGCGACAGAUAUCAGUGUUUGUAGUGGCAACGGUGUUUGUUCGGAUGCAGAAUAUUGUGAAUGCAAUUCUACUCAUUGGGGAGGUCAAUUUUGUGAAGUUCCAAAAUGUAAUGGAACGCUUGCGAAUGACAGCUCUGUAUGCAAUGGCAAUGGAGCAUGUAUUAAUGCAGAAGUCUGCCAAUGCACCAAUUCAAGUUGGACAGGUCAAUAUUGUCACAUUGCAUUGUGUAAUGGAACUCUUUCAAAUGAUCCAUCUGUUUGCAACUCACAAGGUUUUUGUUUGGAUGGAGGAUGUGUUUGUACAAACUCUUCGUUUUGGGGAGGUGAAUUUUGCCACAUUCCAAAAUGUAACGGAACUCUGAAAGGAGACUCCAAUGUUUGCAACAAUCAUGGAGAAUGCAUAGAUGUCGAUGUAUGUCAAUGUGCAGAAUCGUAUGGAGGUCAGUUCUGUGAAAUUCCAAAAUGUAAUGGUACCUUAGCCACUGAUAGCUCUGUUUGUAAUGGAAAUGGAACAUGCGUUGACGUUGAUCAAUGCAGUUGUAAUGAAUUAUAUUGGGGUGGAAAAUACUGUGAAAUGCCCAAGUGCAAUGGCACUCUCUCCAAUGAAACAUCUCUAGUCUGCAAUGGUAAAGGUGAUUGUGUGAACGUGAAUGUGUGUCAUUGUACAGAUCCAUCAUGGGGUGGUCCGUUAUGUGAAGUACCAAGAUGUAAUGGAACACUAGCUACUGACAUUUCCGUUUGUAAUGGUCAUGGAAUUUGUACAGGUAUUGAUAUUUGUGAAUGCAACUCAACACAUUGGGGAGGUCAGUUUUGUGAAAUUCCAAAAUGUUUCAGUGAACUAGCCAAUGAAACUGAUGUAGUUUGUAAUGGACAUGGAGUGUGUGUGGAACCUGAUGUGUGUGUCUGUUCAAUUGCAUGGGGAGGCGAAACAUGUCAAACUCCCAAAUGUAACGGUACCUUAGCCACUGAUAGCUCGGUUUGUAAUGGAAAUGGAACAUGUUUCGAUGCGGAUCAGUGCUUAUGUAAUGAAAUACAUUGGGGUGGACAAUAUUGUGAAAUUCCAAAAUGUAAUGGAACUCUCGCCAAUGAAACAUCUUUAGUUUGCAACGGUCACGGUGAUUGUGUGAAUGUAGAUGUGUGUCAAUGCACAAACUCUUCUUGGGGAGGCCAAUUUUGUGAAAUUCCAAAAUGUAAUGGAACAUUGGCAACUGAAAUUGGUGUUUGCAACGGUAAUGGAUUGUGUAUUAAUGCAGAAGUUUGUGAAUGCACCAAUUCAAGUUGGACAGGUCAAUAUUGUCACAUUGCAUUGUGUAAUGGAACUCUUUCAAAUGAUCCAUCUGUUUGCAACUCACAAGGUUUUUGUUUGGAUGGAGGAUGUGUUUGUUCAAACUCUUCAUUUUGGGGAGGUGAAUUCUGUCACAUUCCAAAAUGUAACGGAACGCUUGCCAGUGAAUCCUCCGUUUGUAAUACAAAUGGAAUUUGUAUUGGUGCUGAUCAUUGUACUUGCAAUUCAAGCCAUUGGGGAGGUCAAUUCUGUGAAAUACCAAAAUGCAAUGGAACUCUUGCUGAUGAAACUAAUGUUUGCAACGGACAUGGCAAUUGUAUUAGCCCUGAUAAUUGUGUAUGUACCAACACAUCAUUUGGAGGUCAAUUCUGUGAAAUUCCAAAAUGCAAUGGAACUUUGGCAAGCGAUUCGAGCGUUUGUAAUGGUCAUGGCGUUUGUUUGGAUGUUGAUCAAUGUAAUUGUAAUUCAACACAUUGGGGAGGACAAUUCUGUGAUGUUCCAAAAUGUAAUGGCACCUUGGCCACCUUAGAAAAAGUGUGCGACGGCAAGGGAGUUUGUGUUGAACCUGAUGUUUGUCAGUGCACCAACUCAUCAAUUUGGGGAGGUAGAUAUUGUUCUAUUCCAAAAUGUAAUGGAACUCUCCAAGGAGAAACCAAUAUAUGCAACAAUCGUGGUGACUGUAUUGACGUGAAUGUCUGUGUUUGUUCGGAUGCAUCUUCUUGGGGUGGACAAUUCUGUGACAAACCAAAAUGUAACGGUACACUUCAAGAUGAAUCAAAUGUCUGUUCUGGUAAUGGAAUUUGUGUUGAUGUGAAUACUUGUAUUUGUAACUCAACCCAUUGGGGAGGCCAGUUCUGUGAUAUUCCAAAGUGUAACGAAACUCUUGCUAAUGAGACAUCCAUGGUUUGUUCAAAUAAUGGAGCAUGUAUUGGACCUGACCAAUGUUACUGUAUUGACACUUAUGGAGGUCAGUAUUGUGACAUUCCGAAAUGUAAUGGUACUCUAAGAGGAGAUCAAGGUGUUUGUAGCUCACACGGAACAUGUACAGGUGUCAACACUUGUGCUUGUGGUGAUGACCAUAGUUGGGGAGGACAAUUUUGUGAAAUUCCAAAAUGUAACGCAACUCUUGCAAAUGAGACCUCCAUUGUUUGUAAUGGUCGUGGCCAAUGUACUUCUCCUGAUUCGUGUAUUUGCAACGAUGACUCAUUGUGGACCGGAAGUGAUUGUCAAGUUCCAAAAUGCUAUGGAAAAACUCAAGGUCAACCAGAUGUAUGCAAUUAUGGUAAAGGUGAAUGCACGUCUCCAAAUAAUUGUGUUUGCCAUGAUGGAUAUGCAGGAGCAGAGUGUGAAAUUCCAAUAUGUUUUGGUAUACUGUCGAAUGAUUCAUCAGUUUGUAAUUACAUGAAUGGCACUUGUGACACUCCAAACAACUGCUCAUGUUCGGAGGGAUGGGUUGGAGAACAAUGUCAAGUUGCUGUUUGUUUUGGAAUUAACUCUACCGAACCUAAUGUUUGUAGUGGUAAGGGUUCAUGUAUUGGACCAGACACAUGCUCAUGUUUCACCAACUACAAUGGAAAGGAGUGUCAUUUGACAACGUGUUUUGGUGUUCAAUCGGAUAGUGUAUCUGUUUGUUAUGAACAUGGGCAGUGUAUCGAUUACAACACGUGUAACUGCACCAAUGGUUAUGCACCUUCAACCACAUGUCAAUUCCCAAUCUGUUUUGGAAAACUUGCCAAUGACAGUACUGUGUGUAAUAAUUUAAGAGGAGAUUGUAUUGCACCAGAUUAUUGCUCUCCUCGUGAUGCCACAUGUUUUGGUAAAGCUAAGAACGAUACUCUAAAUGUUUGUUCUGGAAAUGGAGCUUGCAUUGAUUGGGAUGUUUGCUCAUGUAAAACAGGAUUCUAUGGUGACAAGUGUCAAGAUUGGAAAUGUUAUGACAAAAACCAUACUGAUACUAAUGUUUGCAGUUCAAAUGGCAAAUGUCAGUCAUUGAAUAACUGUGUUUGUACUUCUGGAUGGUUUGGAAAUGAAUGCAAUGUACCAAUGUGUGAGGGAAAACUUGCCAAUUCUACUGACGUCUGUAAUUAUAAGAAUGGUACAUGUUCCCAGCCAGGUCCGUGUUCAUGCUUUGAAGGAUGGACAGGAAAUAGUUGUGAGACACCAAUUUGUUUCUCUAUUGCUGCAGGAAGCAAUGCAUGUAGUGGUAGAGGUUCUUGCAUCAGGAACAAUACUUGUCAAUGCGAUUCUUCCAAAUAUGAUGGUGACAAUUGUCAAUAUUACAAAUGUUUUGGUAUUUCAUCAAGUGAUACCAAUAAUGUGUGCAGUGGAAAUGGAACGUGUGAGGGUGUAGAUUUGUGUAAUUGCAAAUCUGGAUAUGGAGAUGCAAAAUGUGACGCCUUCAUUUGCAAUGGCACCUUAUCAACACAUCCAUCUGUAUGCAGUGGUCAUGGAAAAUGCACAGGUAUCAAUUCCUGCUCUUGUGACAGUGGUUACUUUGGUAAUAAUUGUGAAAACACUUAUUGCAAUGGAAUCCAAUCAAUAAGUGACACUGUUUGUAACUACAAGAAUGGUACAUGUACAGCAUUCAAUACUUGCAAAUGCUCUCAAUUCUAUGUAGGAUCUAAUUGUGAGAUACCCAUUUGUUUCCAAGUUCCUGCCAAUGAUACCAAUAAUGUGUGCAGUGGAAGAGGAGUCUGUACUGUCCCAGAUCAAUGUACUUGCAACGAACCAACAAAAUAUGGAGGAUCUAACUGUUCUCAACCUCUCUGUUUUGGUAUCUUAUCAACAAAUACAAGCAGUGUUUGCAGUGGAAAGGGACAAUGUUCAAGCGUUGACAAGUGUGACUGUCAUGCUGGAUUUAUGGGUGAUCAGUGUCAACUUGUCCAUGUUCCUGCCACCAAUCUUCAACUCACAUUCAACAGUUCCAAAGAUUACGUGAAUGAAGCAUCAACACUUGUCAAGCUCACAAUUCAUCAAGCAUCAUUUGUGCAAUACUACUCAAACAGAGUAGUCCGAGUUAAAUUCGAUUUUGAACAAAACGGUCAAAUCAUCUCAUCCCUCAACAAGGACAUUUCUUCAGGUGCCACCACUCUGGAAUUCCUGAUUCCAGCAUUUUCUACAAAUGGUACUGUGAGAUCUUUUGCAGUGUUGUCAGAUGUUAGCACUGCAUUGAUUAUUUCAGAUCGAGUUCAAUCCUCUUCAUUCCUCUCCAUUGAGAAGAGACCUGUUGUAUCCAAUGAGAGAAAUGCUAAUAGUUCAGAUGAGAGUGUUGCCAUUGCCGUAGGUAUCACUAUUCCACUGGUUGCUCUAGGUGCUAUUGGAGCUGUCUCUGCUAUUGUGACCGCUGUGCUCCUAUUGAAGAAGAAGGCUGCUGAAACUGCUAAGCAGAUUACUGAGGCAACUCACUUGGAUGUGGAAUUGGUAGCAGGAGUCUAA